CCUCCAGGGAUGCUGACCACUACUGGGCAGCCUCCAGGGAUGCUGACCACUACUGGGCAGCCUCCAGGGAUGCUGACCACUACUGGGCAGCCUCCAGGGAUGCUGACCACUACUGGGCAGCCUCCAGGGAUGCUGACCACUACUGGGCAGCCUCCAGGGAUGCUGACCACUACUGGGCAGCCUCCAGGGAUGCUGACCACUACUGGGCAGCCUCCAGGGAUGCUGACCACUACUGGGCAGCCUCCAGGGAUGCUGACCACUACUGGGCAGCCUCCAGGGAUGCUGACCACUACUGGGCAGCCUCCAGGGAUGCUGACCACUACUGGGCAGCCUCCAGGGAUGCUGACCACUACUGGGCAGCCUCCAGGGAUGCUGACCACUACUGGGCAGCCUCCAGGGAUGCUGACCACUACUGGGCAGCCUCCAGGGAUGCUGACCACUACUGGGCAGCCUCCAGGGAUGCUGACCACUACUGGGCAGCCUCCAGGGAUGCUGACCACUACUGGGCAGCCUCCAGGGAUGCUGACCACUACUGGGCAGCCUCCAGGGAUGCUCCUCUCAAUCGAGAGAGGAAUCGGUGUUUUUUGUUCAGUUUUAAACAACUCUGUGAAGUUAUUCUCGAUGAUUGA